AUGAAACGACAAAUUGAAGAAGCGUCCUCGUCGAAUAGAAGAACCGCCGUUGAAGAAGACCAUAGUAAAAAAGUAAAACUCGACCAUGAGGAUUCCUCAUCUUCGGAGAAGCAACAACAUGUUCUGGUCGACAAGAAUCCACUUUCUCCAUUCUCUGAAGAAGAAUCUUCGGUUGGCGUAUCCAAAUAUGUGGACAUUGCCAUUCAUCCCAACCUCGACCUCACUCUUCCUCCCUUCACUGGUAUCAUGAAACAAAAAUAUAGUGAUUUUAUUGUUCAUGAAAUUGAUAGAAAUGGAAAGGUUAUUUACUUGACAGAUACUAACAUUCCAGAUCACAUCAAAGACAAACGUUCCAAAGAUUUAUCACUCACUGAGGAAGAAAAGAAAGAAAAUGAAUUGAAAGGAAUUGAAGAAUUGAAGAAAAUUUUCACUCAUUCCGAAACUACUUCAUCCUUUGAAGCAUUCUUAGCGAGUCAAAAUGAAACUGAAAAAAAAUUAGAAGAAAUUGCAAAACAGAGAAAGAAAAUUGAAGAAAGUGAUGUUCCAACUCUUUUGAUUAAGGAAAAUGACAAGACUGUUCGAUCCAAUAUUCACAAAAUUAUUUCAACUUAUUUUUCACAUGCUCUCGUUUCAGAUACCCUCACCAAAGAUAAUGAACAACACAUUCGAUUGAGAUAUCAAUUUCAUAGUUUUACAUUACAAACUUUGUUUUUGAAUAAUCAAAAUAAUAGCAAGUCCAAAAAGAGACAAAAAAGAAAAGGAGCAAAAAAGAAUGAAACACCAUCAUUGGCAACUGGUGAGUCCUAUUUUGAUCCAAGACAAUUUGCAUGGCCUAAAGAUCGACCUAGUUACAUUCAAUUUGUUCUCUAUAAGGAAAAUAGUGAAACUACAGAAAUUCUAGGAGAAAUUGGAAGAAUUUUAAAAUUGAAACAAAAGAAUUUCCAAAUUGCAGGAACCAAAGACAAGAGAGGAAUUACCACUCAACUCGUAACUGGUUAUCAAAUUAGUGCUGAAAAACUCUCUCAAGUGAAUCAUCGAUUUAAACACAAAGUUGUUCGAGUUGGAAAUUUUGAAUAUGUUGAAAAUCCAUUACGAUUGGGUGAUUUGAGUGGUAAUCGUUUUACAUUGGUAUUGAGAGAUUUGAAAUUUCCAGAAAUGACUUCUUCUCAACAACAGAACAUGAAUGAACAACCAUCCACCAACUUGGACACUUCAAUAAUGAAUGACCCUUCCACUCCAACAACAGAUUCUUCAACGAGUCAUUCCAAAGAUUCUUUGACAAGUCUCAAAACAACCAUAGUAGAUUCUACUAUUCGAUCUCAAAAAUCUAUUGAAGAAAUAUUUAAAGAAAGAAUUGAUCAAUUGAAUCGAUAUGGAUUUAUUAAUUAUUUCGGAAUGCAACGUUUUGGUAUUACUUACAAUAGUGUGAAAAACAUUUAUCACAGUGAUUGUCCAACGUAUUUAUUAGGACAACAUUUAUUGAAAUGUGAUUGGAAAGAAUUAGCAAGAUGUAUCUUUUAUUCAAGUACUCAAUCUUCCAAAGACAAACGUUCCAAUCAAACUCUUCAAGAUUUUCUCGAUGGUAAAAUUACUUCACGUGAAUGUUAUGAUGCAUUACCUCGAUCUCGUAAUCAUACUGAAAAGAUCAUGUUAUGUUCCUAUAUGAAAACUCAUGAUCGAGAUCAUUUGACUGCCAUUCAAGCAUUACCAUUGAAUUUACUAAGCAUGUACAUUCAUUCGUAUCAAUCCUAUGUGUAUAAUCAUAUGGUUUCAUGUCGUAUUGAAAAAUAUGGUUUACAAGUCGUGUGUGGAGAUUUGGUCAUUUCUCGACACGAUGUGUUACGAGGUGGAUUUGAUACGAAAUUAACUUUUGAAUCUCCAAUUGUGAGAAUUGAAAGUGAAGAACAAGCGCAACGCUAUUCCAUCGAUGAUGUGGUCAUGACCAUUCCAGGUAUUGAUAUUCAAUAUCCUUCGACAGAAUUUGUCAACAAACAAACCUAUAUGGACUUUAUGAAACAGCAUGGAGGUAUUCAAGAAGAAGAUUUUAAAAUUCAUGUCUCUCAAUUUAAAACCUAUGGAGCCUAUCGUUUCAUGAUUCAAAAAGCUCAAAAUAUUGAAUAUGAAUUUAGAGAAUAUAGUGAACAAGAUGAAAAGACUUGUCGACGAUUAGUAGAAACUGAUUAUGACAAGUUGAAAGUAUUGAAGAGUGGUGGUAGUUCAAGUGCUAGUUCUAGUGGUAGUGGUAGUAGUUCUUCUAAUACUAGUUCAAGUAGUUCUAGUGGUAGUGCUAGUGGUAGUAAUACUAGUAGUAAUAGUAUUAGUAAUAAUAAUAAUGAAAUGAAAAAGAUGAAAAAGGCAGCCAUUCUUUCCUUCUCUCUAGAUUCAUCCACGUAUGCAACCAUGUUUAUCAGAGAAUUACUUCGAUUACCAUCAGUCAUUGAUUGGAAAUGGAUUGCAGGUGAAACGACGAGCCAACAACAUCAUGAUUCCAAGACUAGGAAGUAUUCCAACAGCAUGAUGGUGGAUGAAGAGAAUGAUGAUGAAGAAGAGAAUGAAGCAUCUAGUAGUACCACCUUCAUGGAAGGAAAUGAUGAUGAAGUCCUAGGAGCGAUUCGAGAGGAAGAUGUCUUGUUUGAAGCAGGUGCUAUGGGUGGAGAUGAGUUUUAA